ACUAGCGUAGUGUGAAUGCAGUAUGGAAUUGUGUUAUCCAUCCAAUGUCAUUGGUUCGAUUCUAGCUUACAAUUUUGAGGAAUAUAUAAGAAGGGAUAAUUUGAUGUGUUAAUUAGUAAAGUUAUAUGGUGGGUAUUUGUGAACUUAGCUUACUGCACUCGUCUUUGUUAAUUCUGUCCGGGUGAUGUUGGUCUUGCUGUUCUGUGAAGGCCAAUACACACUGUAUGUGAUUUGAGUUUUCGCUCGUGUAGAUAUUUAGUAGAAGAAUGUGGAAGGCUAAGCCCAUUUGCAGUUGUAGAUUCUCUCUAUCUUUUGUUUUUUCAAGCUGAUUUUAUUCGGAUAUGCUGUUCAUUCCUUGUGAAAAGCUCGCAGUGGCUUAAACCGGUGAAUAAAUGGGAACACAGAUUAAGAUGAUUUAGACAUUUGAAAGAACACCAUUGAUAUAUGGGUAAGAAGGAAUUUGUUUCUAUGAAUUGAAUUGGAGGGCUCAAAAGAGGAGCAAGUCUCAGAAGGAAAACAUUAACUUCAUAAUAGAAUAACAGGCCUUUUGAUACGGUGGAAUUUCAUGAAGGCUCUGCUCAACUGGUCUUCCAAGCGAUGUUAUCAUUGAAGUUGGAGAAAUGUCUUUUCAUCUGCACAAGUUUCCUCUGCUGUCCAGAAGUGGGGUAAUAGAAAAUCUUAUUGGUGAAUCUUCUGGUGAGGAUGAAAGAAAUUGUAUCUUGCAACUGCAUGACAUACCAGGAGGAGCCAAAACCUUUUUGCUUGUGGCCAAGUUCUGUUAUGGUGUUAAAAUAGAACUCACUGCGUUGAAUGUAGUCAGUCUCAGGUGUGCAGCCGAGCAUCUUCAAAUGAAUGAAAACUUUGGAGAGGGGAAUCUGGUUAGUCAAACAGAAAAUUUCUUAAAUGAAGUCUUUGGAGACUGGACAGACUCACUUACAGCUCUUGAAGCAUGUGAAGAGGUUCUACCACAUGCCGAAGAGCUUCAUAUUGUUUCAAGAUGCAUUAAUUCUUUAGCAGUGAAAGCUAGUGCAGAUCCGAGCCUAGUCGGUUGGCCUGAGUCGGGAGGUGAAGCAGCACAGAGCCCAGUGGGCACUGUUUUAUGGAAUGGAAUUCUCACGUCGUCCAAUCCCCAUCCUGUAAGUGAUGAUUGGUGGUAUGAGGAUGUGUCCUGCCUUAAACUACCAAUGUAUAAGAGGCUGAUCCUGGCUGUUGAAUCAAGAGCCAUGAGGCCGGAGAGGAUUUCUGGGUCCCUCAUGUACUAUACAAAAAAGUAUCUCCCACUGAUGGGUAGACAAUCGAGCUUUCAGAAUGGAAACCGUGCUGCCCUUGGAUCAACUGUUUCUGCUCUGUCUGAUGCAGAUCAAAGGAACCUCCUUGAAGAGAUAGUAGAGUUACUACCUGAUCAAAAGGGAGUCACAUCAGCCAAGUUCCUGCUUAGGCUUCUCCGGACAUCCAUGCUCUUACAUGCAAGCCCAUCAUGUCGAGAGAAUUUGGAGAAACGGAUUGGGGCCCAGUUGGAUCAAGCAGUCCUUGAAGAUCUCAUUAUACCAAAUUUGGGGUAUUCAGUGGAGACCCUUUAUGACAUUGACUGUGUUCAGCGAAUCCUCGACCACUUCAUGCUGGUUGACCGUGAUGUAACUGAUUCUACAAAUUGUAUAGUAGAUGAAGCGCAGUUGAUGGUAGGGUCCCAUUCACUGACUCGAAUGACAAUGGUGGCAAAUCUGGUGGAUGGGUAUCUUGCCGAGGUGGCACCUGAUGUCAAUUUGAAGUUGCAAAAAUUUCAGUCACUUGCUGCUGUUAUCCCUGAUUAUGCCAGGCCAUUAGAUGAUGGAAUUUACCGGGCUAUUGAUAUAUACCUCAAGGCACAUCCAUGGCUAACAGAUUCAGAGAGAGAACUAAUCUGCAGACUUGUGAACUGCCAGAAGCUCUCAUUAGAAGCGAGCACCCAUGCAGCCCAGAAUGAGAGGCUGCCACUUCGACUCAUCGUCCAAGUUCUAUUCUUUGAACAGCUUCGUCUGCGCACAUCCAUUGCUGGAUGGUUCUUCGUCUCGGACAACUUGGAGACCUCUCAGGACCCUAGUGGGAAUCUUGCCCUCCCCAGGAGAAGCACAACACAGGAUGAAAUUGUUGCGGUUGACGAUAUGAGGGAGCGGGUUUCCGAGCUCGAGAAAGAGUGUCUGAGCAUGAAAAAAGAGAUUGAAAAGCUGGUGACGACGAAAAGGAGCUGGAACAUCUUCUGCAGAAGGCUUGGGUUUAGACUAAAGCCAAAUUCCUCCGGUCCAAAGGCCUCCAAUAAUGCCAAAGGUUCACCAUCAUCAACUACGCCUCUCCUAAAUACUAGUCAAAAUCAGCACAGUGGUAAGCUAGUGUGAUUGAAUUUUGAAAGUUCCCACAUCAAACAAAGUGAUUUUUCCUUCAUUCCAGCUUUGGAAAGUUAUAGUUGUUCAUUUGUUUGUGGAGUAGCUAAUGCUGUAACCAUAUUUACACAUUAGAUAUACUGAAUUGACCCACAUGACAUAUUUUUUUAUUUUAUAGUAUGAUCCCAAUUUAUUUCUAA